UCCAAGCCCAUAUUUAUCUCCUGGAGGCUUUAGACCUAAACGUCCCACCGUGGUUCGGUGAAACCUGGGGUAAAUGUGGUCCAUGAACGCUCUACCGCCGCCUGCUGGCGGACAAGUGAACGACGAGCACCAGCGGCUUAACGACUCCUUAGUGAUGGUCAGGGGUGACAGAGUAAAGUAAAUGAGCCAGACUGGUGUGACUGAGUUUGUUCAUCAUUCAGCUGAAGUACUGCCACUGUGUGAAGGAACAGGCACUGUUUGACUCUGCUGCCUCGGGUCAAAUACCAGGAACCUGCUGGUGUCAGGCCACAGUCAGAAUCAGCUUUAAUGGCCAAGUUUUUACAGGACAACCAAGGAAAUAUAUGCGGUCUGACUCCGUCUUUGUUCCCAAUUAAUAUUUACAUUUUAAUUGUAGUUAUUUACAAAAAUGAACAAAUAAAGAAUAUAAACUGCAGCUCACUGUGUCACGAUCAACAGUGGUUAUUGAAGGUUUAUGUUUGUGUCUGUGAAGAGUCAUUCAGUCAUUGUAUUGUGUGACCUGUAGAGUUCAGCUCAGACACAGCUGGAGAAAAAGCUUGCUCUGGUUCUGCUGGUUCUGGUGGUUCUUGUCGUUCUGCUGGUUCUGCUGGUUCUGCUGGUUCUGGUGGCUAUGGUUCCGUGACCCUGCCAGAGGGGAGGAGUUUAAGCAGUUUGUGUCAGGGUGUGUUGGUCAGCAGUGAUGCUGACAGCCCGUUUCCUGAGUCUGGACCGGUACCGGUGCUCCAUGGAUGGACGCUUAGACCCGAUGAUCUUCUAUGCUGACCGGACCCCCCGCUGCAGUCUGUGUCUGUCCUGUUUGGUGGCUGAACCAACCCACACAGUGAUGGAGGUGGAGGACAGACCGGGGCAGAUGGUGCUGAUGGUGCGGGUGCCAGAUGUGACGCUGCCCGGCCUCAUCUGCCUGCUUUCGGUCAGGAAGCUCCUGAUCCACUGACAUGGAGACGAUGAGCUGGGUCAGUUUAUGGUGGAGUAUUCAUCACAUUAUCAAUGAUUUAUGAAUGUCUGUUCCUUCACAUUACAAAUAAACUGUUAAAGAAGGUUUAUUGCAGUGAUCUAAAAAAACUCAUCUUCAAUGCUUCUUCCAGAAAAGCUGGUCUGGUUUUACAGAAGACACUUAAACCUUUAAACUGGACUCAAGCUUGUAAAUCUGAAAUAGUUCCCACUCAGCAGCUUUAAACCAGCGUCUACUGCUGAACGUGGCUCAGUCACUUCAGAGUUCAGAGCGUCUUCCCGUUGUCAUGACAACCAUAACUGGCAUCCUCCAGGGCUGCGUUAGUUCCUACUACUGACCACUGGGGGGCAGUCUUACUCUUUGCUCUGUUAAUCGUAGCGCCAAAACUGAUCAUGUGAUAAAUGCUUGUUUUCUGGGUGUCUCCAAGUCUAGAAGCAUGACAGACAACCACAGGUGACUGUGAAAACAAUGUAUAACCACUGCAGCUGUUAACUCAAACAGAAUUACUUCAUUACAUUAUGUACUCAACAUGCUUUGUGUAAACAAGGACAUGAUUCUGGACAGUUCAGGAUCCUGGAUCAGUCCCAAACCUGUGUUUCAUGGUGGGACAGGACAAAAAGCAGCGUCACAGCAGGUGUCCACCACAAGGGCUGACGGCAGCUGAGCGUCAGAGACCACGUGGCCUCGUCCUGGUUGGUCCUCAGCUGCAUCAGACGCCACUUCUCCUCAGGUUCACCAGAGGAAACAGCGCUGCACAAAAUGCUUUUCCUCCCAGCUGCUGCUCUGUGCUGCCUGUGUUCAGCACUGGUUUCUGUGGCAGAAGAGCUGAUCCAGACCCCGUUGUCACUGACCAAGAGACUCGGUGAAACCGACACCAUUAGGUGCUCAGGUACUGGGCAGUGUGUUAAAAACCAUGUUUACUGGUACCAGAAGACAGACACAGAGCCGCUGCGAGUGAUUCUGCGUAUCAGUCUGAGUGAUGGGGCAGUGAAUACCCGCUACGCUCAUCCUCAAAGAGAUGAUUUCGAUGCUUCACGGAAACCGAACGGUUGUGAGCUGAUGAUCAAAAAAAUGAAGCCCAGCCAUUCGGCCUCCUACUACUGUGUCUGCUGGAAGAAGCCUUCCCACAGCGAGAACUCACUCCUGCAGCCUGAACAAAAACCAGCACAUGAGCAGAUGUCAAACAGGAGGAGACAGUGAAACCGCAGCUGCACCGCUGUCACCAGAGCCGCGAGCACACGGAGCUGAAGGCUCAUCCUCUGUCUGGUGCUGCUUGGACCAAUGUCAUGAUUCACCCACACGUAGAACAGAGCUUCACACUGCGUGAGCUGCAGAUUGUGACAACAGGAUGCGUCCUCAGUCAGAGUCUGAUGACAGGGAACAGCUGAGCAAAAUGUUACACUUGAUCAAUGAAUAUAAAGAACAGAAAAUAAUCAAACUGACACUAAUCACUGACUUUCUAUAAAAGGUUUUCAGAUGAAACACAUGUAAAGUUAUGACGGUUAAUGCUUCCUCGACCUCCUGUUGGAUCAUGAUUCAUGAAGCCUGAAGUCAAACAGGAAGCGACACUGCGUUCACCUCCGGCUGAUGAACAAACAUGGACCUGACUGUCUGAAGUCUCUGCCACUGAUGGACACACGCUCGGCCACUGCUGCCAGGUGUGUCCUUGAGCAAGACGCAGGCAGCUCCUCCAGGAUGGGUUAAAGGCAGAGGACCAAUCCUGUUGUCAUAGUGACCAAAGGCUUUCUUCUUCUUCUUCUUUUCUUUAAUACGCUCCCACUUCUCUUUCACAUUUCAACGUAUAUAUUCAUUCAUUAGUUCUAAAACCAUCCUGACUUCACUGUUAUUGUUGCCAUGUGACAGCAGCUCCUAUUUAUGUCGGAUGAGUGGACGUCAUUGGAGCCUGUGAUGGAGCUGCAGCGCCUCUGCAGCAGACGGGUUUUUGUCGCAGCCUGCGUCACCGUGGAAGGAGCCAGUGAAUCUGACAGGUUCCUCGUCUUCGGCUCCGGAACAAAGCUGUUUGUUACAGGUGAGCAGGUGCGGAGGCCGCAGCUCAGCGUGUAUCCAUCCGCCCGGUCCCGGUGCCGGUCCGGACCGCGGAGCAGGGACCUCCUGCUGUGCGUGGCCUCCGCCAUGACGCCUCCUCUGGUCCGCUUCUCGUGGAAAAGGCGGAGGGAGAACGGGCCGCUGGAGGAGCUGCGCCCCGACCAGGGGGAGCGGCUGGAGCUGGUGGUGUCCGGACGCGUGGUCGCCAUCCGAGCCGUGGAACCGGACGCUCAGUACACGUAUAAGUACCGCUGCCACGUCGAGCACGAGUCUGGAGCCGCGGACGCGCCCCAGGACCAAGAGGUGUCUGCCGCUCCGCCACUGCCCCCCGUUUCACCCGGUUCACCCGGUUCUGCUGCAUCCUCUGGGGAGCAGGACAACUGGCGCCGGGAGCGGCAGCUGUGCCUCACGUACGUUGUGCUGCUCGCCAAGAGCGUGGUCUACUGCUGCGGACUGUGUGUGCUCAGAGCCAGCGGGAAGAAUGAACGAAUGAAUGAAUGAACGAAUGAACGAAUGCACCACUGCACAAAUGAAUGAAUAAACAAACAAAUGAAUCACCGACCAACUGAUGAACGAAUGAACGAAUGAAUGAAUGAACCACUGCACAAAUGAAUGAAUUAACAAGCAAAUGGAUCACCGACCAACUGAUGAACGAAUGAACGAAUGAAUGAAUGAACCACUGCACAAAUGAAUGAAUAAACAAACAAAUGAAUCACCGACCAACUGAUGAACGAAUGAACGAACGAAUGAAGAACGAAUGAAGAACGAAUGAACGAAUGAACCACUGCUCAAAUGAAUGAAUAAACAAACAAAUGAAUCACCGACCAACUGAUGAAUGAACGAACGAACGAACGAAUGAACGAAUGAACCACUGCAUAAAUGAAUGAAUUAACAAACAAAUGAAUCACUCACCAACGGAUGAACAAAUGCAUGAAUUACUGACAACUGGACGAAUGAAUGAAUUACCCACCAACCUAUUAAUACAUGAACUCAAUCUUUCGCUCACCGGGUUCAUGUUCACACACAUGAAAGUCAUCUAAAUUUUUAUUUUAUUCUCUUUCAGAUGACUAAGUUUAAAUAUAAACAGAUUGUUGUAACAUCUCAGUGCAGCUUCUAGUCUUGUCAAUAUUAUGUUUAUUUGACAUAUUUCUUUUUUAUUGUUAUUAAAUGCUUUUAAAAUAAUGUCUUAAUAUUAAGAUCUUUUGAUAAUUUAGUGUUUUUAAUUUUAUUUUCCAAUUGUCCAAUAGGAUACUUACAAAUUGAAAUUGUUCAUAUUUUUUACUUUUACUAUAUUUUACAAAAUGUUACAAUUUUAAUUAGGAAAAAUGUUUCUGAAUUUUUAUUUUAAUAUUUUCAAUAUUUCUAUAUUGUAAUAUCUGUUUUCUCUAUCUCUUAUCUUUUGUAAUUCUAAAUUCAUAAUCAUAAAAUAAAAACCCUGUCAACCUGU